AUGCGGGCAGCGGCGUUCAGCAGCGGCUGCCGCAGCAGGACCGCUCUCAAUGUGGUCUGCAAGGAGUCCCGUAUUGGCAGCAAGCCCAUCCCCGUCCCUAAGGGCGUCACGGUGGACCUCAAGGGCAGCCACUUGAAAGUCAAGGGCCCCAAGGGCGAGCUGGAGCUUACUCUGACGCCCUAUGUGACCAUCGAGCAGACUGAGGGCAAGCUGCUGCUCAAGCGGGCGGAGGAGACCAAGAAGGCAGCGGCGAUGCACGGCCUCUCGCGGACCCUCGCCAGCAACAUCGUGGUGGGCGUGUCGGAGGGCUUUGAGAAGAAGCUGGAGCUGGUGGGCACGGGUUACAGGGCGGCGAUCAGCGGCCAGGAGCUGACGCUCAACCUGGGCUACAGCAAGCCCCGCAUUCUCACAGUGCCGGACGGCAUCAAGGUCACGGUCGAGAAGACCACCGCCAUUUUCAUCUCUGGCGCCGACAAGGUGGCCGUGGGCGACUUCUGCGCGCUGGUUCGCCGCCAGCGGCCGCCGGAGCCGUACAAGGGCAAGGGUGUGCGCUACAGCGGCGAGGUCAUCAAGCUCAAGGAGGGCAAGACCGGAAAGAAGUAA